AUGCUGAGGAGCACGGUGAUAAACCCUCGGCAGCCGGUCGGGCUGCAGGAGCUGGCAGCGCUGGCAGCGGUGGCUCAUUCUUCUCUCGGCCCCAAUAAAAGGUACAAAUUCAUCCAAGACGACACGAGUGGGGAGUCGGCUCUCGUGUGCUCGUGUUUUCGCAUCUUCGAGAACCUGGAGCUGACCAGCGCGGUGGCUCAGCUGGUUCACGAGACUGUCCAGGCCCAGCAGAAGGUCUUCAACACAGGGUCAGGAAGCCUGCUGUUCCUGGCAGGCGCCUGGAGCCGGGCCGCUCUGGAGUGCCUUCACAGAGGAAUCUCAGUGUCGAGCAUCAUCUCCCGGAUGUCGGACGGGUUCGAUGUAUGUGUAGAUGUCCUCAGGAAAUUCAGCAUCUCAACUGAUGGUCUCGGUGCCGUGAAAUCGAACAGUUGCACGACAACAAGUCAUGGUUCGGGACUUCAGAUGUCAAAGAAACCCAACAGGGAGGAUUCACGGGCAUCGCACCACCUGCGAAGGAUAAGGAGUGUUGGUCACGAGACUCUUAACACCGGCGGACACAGGAAAAUAAAGCUCAGCAGAUAUUACUGUCGUCCUGAGUCUGAAAAGGUCUCAACAGCACCACAGCCUCACCAGAUCUCUAACGUUGGACACAUUGCUGAGGGAUUGAGUCACGGUUGUGUCCAAGCAAUGAAUUUAGUCGUGGAAGUCGUCAAGCUGCAAUCAAAAGCUCAUCAGGAUUUCAGCUGCUCCACAUUCGACGUCACCAAAGUGGUGACUUGUGUGGUAGCUGGUUUACCAGAGGAGCACGCGUGUGUUCUACCAGGAUUCAUCGUCCUUCUGUCUGAUGAACAGGCCUCAGUGGCUCAUCAAUUAAAAGAUCAGCCCUUGAAGGUCGCUCUCAUCAAUGGAGAUUUAUCACACACCUUCCGCCAUCUUGGCUUCAGCCGACCAGCGGGAGUCCAGCACGUGAGCGAGCAGUUGGCGUUGGGUUCAGACAGAGAGGAAGUGUGGCUGGUGAAGGUCGUGGCACUUCUGCUGAACCUGGACGUGAACCUGAUACUCGUGAGUGGGCUGGCGAGUGAGAAAGUGACUCAACACUGUUGCGCACGUCGUGUGCUUGUUGUGGACAAAGUGAAGGCGUCCAUUUUGAAGGCGUUCGCCGACGCCACAGCAGGUGUUCCGGUGACCUACGCCACUCAGCUGACGAAGCACUGCGUGGGCACCGGGGUGAAGGUGGAGAUACGGAGGGAGCUCGGCGGCGGCGGCUCUGAGAGGAAGUCCUCGACAGCUGUGAGUAUUUCCCCCGGUGGGAACAGCGGCUUGUUCACGGUGAUCCUCACGAGCUGCGUACGGUGCAAGCUGCAGGCCCUGGAGGAUCAGUUCUGGGCCUGUGCUUAUCGGUUACACCACGCGCUGAGAGACAGAGCCGUCCUCCCGGGCGCCGGAGCCACAGAAAUGCUUUGUGCUCAUCACCUUCGUCUGCGAGCAGCGACCGCUUACUCCACGCAGGAAUCCACAGCAGGAGGAGCAGCCGACCCAGACAGGGGUGUAGUGUUGCAGCUCAUGGCAGAUGGUUUAAUUGAGUUCAUAUCCACAGUAAUGGUUAACACGGGCCGGGUUUCAAACGUCCGAGCCAGGACUGUGGUGAGCCAACAGCUGCAGGAACGCAACGGACCCGUGGACAUCGCUGCAAAGUUUUCUCAACUCGUGUUAGAGGGUGAACAUGAGGACAGCGAUUUGAAAUCCAACGAAACGAACGUGUAUGAUAAUGUGAGCGUGAAGCAGGAAGCGUGGAGGAAAGCGUUAGAUCUGCUUUUCCUGGUUCUACAGACGGAUGCAGAGGUCAUCACAGGUGUGGACCAAGCAGCUGGUGCACAGGAGAAUCUGAUGCUGUUGUAAUCUUCAUGUAG